GGCAUCAUUUUAUCAUAUGAAAACCAAUUUUGUGCAAAACCGAUAAAUAACAUGAUAACAUUCCCUUGUGUUGAAAUUGAAUUCAUAGUUUGAAUUUAGAUGAAUUUUUAUCGUGAAUAAUUUGGAGGUAAAGUUCAGUUUUAAACCUGAACCUUACUUUAAAUUUAAGUUGUUUUCUAUAUUAUUUAUUUAUGGUUCAACAGUCAACAAUCACUAAAAAUGAGUACUCCUAUGGAAGUGUCUUCAACUGUUUCUGAUGUUCAUAAUUUUAUUGAUUCGAUUCUGCGUACCGAGGAAUUAGAAGCAAUUUUUACUGGUUAUAUUGUCGAAUCUUCAGUAAACGAAGAAUGCAAGAUCAAAAACUAUGAAGAACAGAUGACAGCCUUAAUCAAAUCUUGUGAUACUCCGGAAAAGAUUGAAUUAAUGCUGAGGGACUAUUUGAAUGGAGCAGGUUCUAUUCCUAACGUCAAUAAAGUUAGACUAUUACUCUCGAUGUUGGAACAUGCCAUCAAUAAUCACUUAUUAUCAGCUAAAUCUGUUUGUGAAGCCAUUCUCAAUUGUGAACAUCUUCAUAUCAAUAAGCAAAUAUUUUUUUGCCAAUCUUUCGAGUUAAUUCAUCGAGUAAUUUCUCAAGUGGACUAUAAAGGUGUCAGAGAUAUAAUCAGAUUUAUGAUCGAGAAAAUCCACACAAUUCCCAUUGAGGCAAAUAUUGCUAUGCUACCGCAAUUAGAUGUUAUGCGUAAGGUCCUAGAUUAUGCCUUGAACCGAAAUUCCUCACUAUUACCAGCCUAUCUAGCUUUUGAUGAAAUUAAGAAAAAAUCUGACAAAUGGAUGCAUUGGAAAUUCGCUGAUUUAUUUUCGGCUUUUGUGGAAAGCUUCCGUCCUGUUGCUCAGAUGGUUUCAAUCAUUAAUCGUUCCAAGCUCUUACCAAUUGUUGGAUAUUCCUCAACCUUAAACCAAUCUUGGCAAUUGAAUGCAGCCACAGCCGCAUUCGACCUCAAAGGCCUUUUACCUUAUAACAACGAGCUUACAAGACCUCAGAUAGGCUUGUUGAGAUAUGUCUUGGAACAGCCUUAUUCUCGUGAAAUGAUUUACUUUAUGUUGAGUCUGACUAAUAAAGCUAAAUCCCGCUGUCCUAUUCUUGAAGAACAAUUGGUUGCAUUGAUUGUAUUGGCAAUGGAAAAGUCUGAAAACGAAACGAACAAUCAAGAGGACACUGACUAUAGUCAAACUCAGUGCCUUUGGCAAAUACUAUCUGGCCAUUUGAUAACUUUCAUCAUAUUAAACCAUAUAAGUUUUCCACAGCUUGUGCGAAGCCUUCAUGAAUCAUUGGCUGCUCGAAAUUCAAAAAAAGGACGAGAUCAUCUAAUGUGGAUGCUUCUUCAAUAUAUUUCUGGUUCCAUUCAGAAGACUCCUCUAACAGAUUUCUUACCCUUCUUCAAACUUCAUGAUCUACUCUACCCUGAAAAGGAUCCUCUUCCUGUUCCCGAUAUAACUAAACCUAUCUGCACUCAUACUUUCGCGAUCAGUUCCAUUUGGAUUCAUUUGUUAAAGAAAGCAGAAAAUGAACCUCAAAAGAUGAUAAGACCGAUUCCAAAUUGUCUCAGGCUUCAUGUUGAAUUUCUUCACCAAACUUUUAUGAGCAGUGAUCUACCCGCCAGUUUAACGGUUGAUUCUAAAAUUCCUCUUAUUUGUAAUGCUUAUUCUACCAAUAGUGAUUAUUACAAUCGAAUUUUAACGAUUUUAUGUGACACUAUUAAGUGCAAUAGUCGCAGUGGAUCAACUGGAGGUAAUACUAACGGGGCUAUAAUACCGCUAUCUGUUAGUUUGUUAGAUUCUGUUACAUUGCACACUAAAAUGAGUUUGAUCUCGAAUAUUGUUGCUCAAAUCAACAAAUCAUCCUCGAAAGAUGGAACUAUAAUAUCACCUGCUUUAGCUGAAACCUACAGUCGUUUGUUAAUUUACAUUGAACUUGAAACACUUGGAAUUAAGAAUUUCAUUCAACAAGUGAUACCUAAUGCCAUCAGAACGCAAUCUUGGGGAACUCUUAAUAUUCUAUUCGAAAUGUUCAUCCAUCGUUUGCACCACAUACCUGCUCCUUAUCGAGUUCAAUUCUUGAACCAACUCCAUUAUUUAGCUAAUUCACCUCAUAGUAAUCAAAUUCAACUGCACUCAUGUAUGGAAAGUACAGCUUUAAAACUAAUCACAGGAUUCACUUCAGAACAAGUAUUGCUCAUCACUCAGCUCAAUCGAUAUCAAAAUGAACCAAAAAUCAGGAUCUCUCAUGACUCAGAGGAAUUGAAUAAAGUGUUGAUUCUAACAUUAGCAAGAGCCAUUCAUGUAACUGGUUGUGAUACUUUGAUCGAAUGGUGCAAAGAGUUAUUGUCCAACAUCAUGAAUAGCACUCCGUUAGCAUGGUCAAGUUGUACACUCAAGUGUUUUCCUCCAGCAAUUACCGAGUAUUAUCAAAACUUUAAUACAGUUACGGAAAACAAAGCACAAUUGAAACAAUCGGUCGAAGAAGAAUACCGAAAGUGGAUAACAAUGAGCAAUGAAAACGAUAUAAUCGCCCAUUUUUCAAUUCAAGGAACUCCACCAUUAUUUCUGUGUCUUUUAUGGAAAAUGAUUCUUGAGAAUGAUCGAAUCAACCCAAUAGCAUACAAAAUUUUGGACCGAAUUGGAGCCAAAGCUUUAUCUUCUCAUUUAAGAAUCUUGGUGGACUAUCUCGUUAAUGAAUUUACAAAUCUCUGCGGAACCCAAAAUGUUACUAAAUAUAUUGAUAAAUUGAAUGAUUUAAUUUGGAAGAGUCAUGUCAUAACUUUGGACAGAUUACUUUUAUGUCUGACUCUGAGAGCUUACGAAGGUAAUGAAGCUCAAGUCUCUUUGUUUAUCAUUCAAAUGUUAUUGCUCAAAACGACUGAUUUUUCCAAUCGAGUUGCUGAUUUUGUCAGAGAAAUGUCUCCGGAACACUGGAAGCAAUCAAAUUGGCACGAAAAGCAUCACGCUUUACACAGAAAAUAUCCAGAAAAAUUUUAUUUCGAAGGACUCGCAGAUAUUAGUGGUCAAAAUAUGCAACAUUCAUAUCUACCAACUUAUUUUAGCAAUAUUUGUCUUCGUUUUAUACCUGUUCUUGACUUGAUCAUUCAUCGCUAUCUUGAACUGCCACCAGGAUCACCAAGUCCAUUGAUUGACUCAUUGCUAGAGAAAUAUGGUUGCCUCUAUAAAUUUCACGAUCGUCCAUUAACCUAUUUGUAUGAAACAUUACACUAUUAUGAGCAUAAAAUGCGAGAAAGACCAGCACUUCGACGUAAACUUGUUUCAAUCAUAAUUGGUGCUUUUAAAGACAUUAAACCAGCAAACUGGGCUGUUACUGACGCAUACUUGAAUUACAUGAAGCGUCCUGUUGAAGAUUUAGCCUGGAAUCCUGAAUUAGACUAUUAUUUCAAACUGAUCAGUAGAGUAGUUGAUACUUUUCAAGGUAAAUCUCCAUUUCCACAUGUUGAUUGGCGUUUCAAUGAAUUUGCCAAUGCUGGUGUUCAUGCUCUUCAUAUUACAUGCAUUGAACUUAUGGCAUUACCGGUGGCUGCCAAUGUCGUUGCCAAUAAUUUGAUUGAUCUUGUUGUUGUUGGACACAAAUACAUUCCAAGAAAUACUAUCGAGUUCUGGAACAAUGCAAUUGGUGUUGUAUUAACAGCUUUACCAGAAGCAUACUGGUCUGUUAUCAAUGAUCGGAUCAUAAGCAUGAUGGAAAGUCCUCUUUUAACUUAUUCACCUCACCCUGAACCAUUUCAAAUGAUGAACUUUUCUGAUAGCCAUAAAUCAAUGUCAGAAAUGCAACCAAGCUAUUUAAUUGCUUUAAUCCAUUCAUUUUUCCAUCACGCAUCAAUUGGACAAAUCACACCGAUUCCUCAGUUUCUUCGUGAACGAGUUAAACCAAUUAUUAAGACUGAAGAACAAUUUCUUUUCAUUGUCCAUAUUGUUUGUCCUUUCCUUCAAAGACUUUAUGCUGAGCGAACACGUAGAGCUAUGGAAGUUACUAUCGAGUUGUACUCUUUUCUCGAGGUUAUUGAUAAAAAUUGCACUGAGUUACGUUUUAUGGAUACAAUAACUGACCUUUUAUACCAUAUGAAAUACCAUAUAACUGGCGACUCUAUCAAAAAUGAUGUUGAAGGAAAAAUUCGUAAUCUCAGGCCUGCUUUGCAAAAGCGACUUCGUUUUAUUACCCAUCUCAAUAUAGAAACGACAACUUGAUCAAUAUAACAAUCAUAAAAACACUUCUACUAAUUUUCCGAAACAUGUAAUUAUAAAAUUAUGUAUCAUUUUGUAUUGUAUCUUCUUUCUGAAUUGAAAAUUCAUAAAAAAAUAAAUGUAAUAGUAACUUCUCAAAA